CAGGAGUCGUUUGUGGAUUGUAGUUCAGGAGUUAUUUGGUGAUGGUAGUUCAGGAGUCGUUUGUGGAUUGUAGUUCAGGAGUUAUUUGGGAAUUGUAGUUUAGGAGUUAUUUGGGGAUUGUAGUUCAGGAGUUAUUUGGGGAUUGUAGUUCAGGAGUUAUUUGGGGAUUGUAGUUCAGGAGUUAUUUAGAGAUUAUAGUUCAGGAGUUAUUUUUUCAUGUCCCACUUUCUUUGACACGUUAACCACAAGCACAACAGGAAGUGACUCACACUCAGUUCAAAGAAACCAAAACUGGUCUCAGAGUGCUGCUUGCUUACGUUCUCACGCUCUCUCUCUCUCUCCCUCUCGCUCUCUCUCUCUCUCUCUCUCAGUGUAGACGGUCAGGAUGAUGGCAGAGGCCAGUAUUUCAGUAGAUCAGCACCAGUUCAGCUGUCCAGUCUGUCUAGAUCUCCUGAAGGAUCCAGUGACCGUUCCCUGUGGACACAGUUUCUGUAUGGUGUGCAUUAAUGGCUGCUGGGAUCAGCAGGAUCAGAGGGGGCUCUACAGCUGCCCCCAGUGCAGAGAGACCUUCACUCCGAGGCCUGUUCUAUGCAGAAACUACUUUAUAGCUGAAAUGUUGGAGAAACUGAAGAAGGCAGAAGACCGAGCUGCUCCUCCUGCUGGAUCUGGAGAUGUGGAGUGUGAUUUCUGCACUGGGAGGAAACGCAAAGCUGCAAAAUCCUGUCUGACGUGUCUGGCCUCCUUUUGUGAAGAUCAUCUUAAACCUCACUAUGAAGGUGCUGCUUGGAAAAAGCACAAGCUGGUCAAAGCGUCCACACGACUACAAGAGAAGAUCUGCUCUCAACACGACAAACUGAUGGAGAUCUACUGUCGCACUGACCGAAGCUGCAUCUGCUAUUUGUGUACAAUGGAUGAACACAAAGGCCAUGAUACAGUCCCAGCUGCAGCACAGAGAACCCAGAAACAGAGGGAGCUGGAGGAGAUGCAGAGAGACGUCCAGCAGAGGAUCCAGGAGAAACAGAAGAAGCUGCAGGAGCUGGAACAGGCUGUGAACACUCUUAAGCGCUGUGCUCAGACAGCAGUGGAGGACACUGAGAGGAUCUGGACUGAACUGAUCUGCUCCAUUGAGAAAAAGCGCUCUGAGCUAACAGAGCUGAUCAGAGCUCAGGAGGAGGCUGAACUGAGUGCAGCUGAAGAACUCCUGGAGAAACUGGAGCAGGAGAUCGCUGAUCUAAAGAGGAGAAACACUGAGCUGGAGCAGCUUUCACUCACAGAGGAUCACAUCCAUUUCCUCCAGAGUUUCCAGUUUCUGAGCGUCUCUUCUGGAUCUGAGGACUCCUCCAGCAUCUCUGUCCAUCACCAUCUCUCAUUUGAUGGAGUGAGGAGCGCUCUCUCUGAUCUGAAAGAGAGACUAGAGGAGUUCUGCAGAGAGGAGUUCAGGAAAAUCCCUCCACAGGCUGCAGCAGCUCCUUUAUUACUCUCAGAACCAAACAGCAGAGAAGAUUUUCUACAGUAUUUCUGUCAGCUGACUCUGGAUCCUAAAACAGUGCACUGUCGCCUCAGUUUGUCUGAGAACAACAGAGUGGUGGAGAGGAGUAAAAUAGUCCAGAGUUACUCUGAUCAUCCAUAUAGAUUUGCCUGGUAUCCUCAGGUGCUGAGUGUGGAGAGUCUGAGUGGACGCUGUUACUGGGAGGUUGAGUGGAGCGGAGAGGUGGACAUAUCAGUCUCAUAUAAAGAGAUCAGCAGGAAAGGAGGUAUUGAGUGUGCGUUUGGACGUAAUGAUCAGUCCUGGAUGCUGCAGUGUUCCACUUCCUCUCUCACUUUCUGGCACAACUACAAUAUCACUGCUCUCCCAGGACGUCCAUCCUCCAGAAUAGGAGUUUAUGUGGAUCCCAGUGCAGCAAUUCUGUCCUUCUACAGCGUCUCUGACACAAUGACCCUCCUACAUACAGUCCACUCCACAUUCACUCAGCCUCUCUACGCUGGGUUCUGUGUUUGGGAAGGAUCAGCUGUGAGGUUGUGUGAUUAA